AUCUCAUGCCUUUUUAUGGCAUUCUCAAAUAAGCCUAUAAAUAUAUAUUGGUCUAGUCUUUACACUGUAUCAAUAUCUAAAUAAAAAUCUUUGGAGUAUUUGUAGCCUAUGUUGCUUCAUAUCUACCGGUUACAGCCUAGUUGGCCUACAGUAGGUGUGUUUUGGGACUGCUGCCAAAAUCAGUUAAUCUUGCGGCUAUUUUUCCUUUCAGAAAAAUGCAUAUUGACGUUUAAACUUCUUAAUUAUACGCCAUACAGGUGUAGUAGCCUACACAUUGGGCUAUUCAGAGGUAGGUGGAUAAUCUUCGUUUUACAUUUAAAGUUUUAACAAUGGAGGGAACACAAUAUAAAGUGUCUUAUGAGUAGCCAAAUAAACGUACCACCUUCAGACCAAAGACACGUCAUGAAUAGCUGUAUCUUAUCUUGUUUUGCCCUUUAAAGACUUACCUCUCAUACCUUGACGUUUUUUUUUUUUGUUUGCUUUCCUCAAAGAGUUCAACAUGUCCACAGUAAGGCUGCUCCUAUCUUGUCUACUUUUAAAAGAGGUCGUUGCAAUGUCAGGAAACUUCUGGCACAUCACGGAUCUGCACUGGGACCCAACAUACAAUCUGACCGAUAAUCCUGAACUUGUGUGCGCAUCAAGUGGCACACGCCCUGCGGCCAAUGCGGGGAAAUUUGGAGACUAUGCUUGUGACUCACCAUGGCUCCUUAUAAACUCCUCUGUGUACGCCAUGAAGAAUAUUCUACCAGACCCGGACUUUAUUUUAUGGACAGGAGACGACACACCACAUGUACCCAAUGAGGAUCUGGGAGAAGAAGCAGUGCUCCACAUUAUCAGCAGUCUUACCCACAUUAUAAAUCAGGUGUUUCCAAACACUAAAGUUUACCCUGCCCUGGGCAACCAUGACUACCACCCUAAGAGCCAGCUUCCUGCAGGGCCAAACUACAUCUAUGACCAAACAGCAGAAAUGUGGCAAGGCUGGUUGGAUCCAGAGUCCCGUGGAACAUUUAAAAAAGGUGGAUAUUACACAGAAAAGCUGCUGAAUCGAACAGGGUUCAGGAUGCUGGUCCUCAACACUAAUCUCUACUAUGACCAGAACAAGGCAACCCAGGACAUGGACGACCCAGCUGGCCAGUUUAGCUGGGCGGAUCAGGUUCUUACAGAGGCUGCCAACAACAAAGAAAAGGUGUACAUCAUUGGCCAUGUUCCCCCGGGUUUCUUUGAGAAGAAGAGAAAUAAGCCAUGGUUCAUGCCUUCAUUCAACAAGCUAUACUUGGAUUUAAUUCAGAAGCAUCAUUCAGUCAUACUUGGACAGUUCUUUGGUCAUCAUCAUACUGAUAGCUUCCGAAUGUUCUACAACUCAGAGGGCUCUCCUAUCAGUACGAUGUUCCUGAGCCCAGGUGUCACACCGUGGAAAACAUCACUUCCUGGAGUCACGGAUGGAGCCAACAACCCUGGGAUUCGUGUCUUUGAAUAUGACACCCAAACACUCCUAGUCAAAGAUGUGGUGACCCAUUAUUUGAACCUCACUCGUGCUAAUGCAGCACGUGGACGCUGGGAGAAAGAGUAUCGACUCACAGAGAGCUUCAGAGUGCCAGACGCCUCCCCAGCCUCCAUGCAUCAGGCUCUGGAGCGCAUUGCUAGUAGCCGCUGCUACCUACAAAAGUACUAUGAGUUCAACUCUGUCAGCUAUGAUCUGACAGAGUGUAACAGUGACUGCCGUGUUGACCACGUGUGUGCAGCCAGAGAGGUAGACUUUGACAGGUAUGAACACUGUCUGGAAAAAGAAGGGACCGCUGCCAUUUAUGGUGUGUUUCUACCGGUCCUCUCCAUGGCUGUAAGUUUGGUGUUUGCCAAUUGGUAGUGAUCAUCUAUCACGGAUCACUGUGGUCCUGUAAAUAUUUAACAGUAAACAUCACAGGUUUUCCUCUUUUAAAUCAUAUGCCAUCUAUAAUGUAAGUGAGUCAUGCACUGGCUGUACAUAAGCAGGGAAACAACAACCUUUGGCUUCAGCAAUCUUUGAUGUGGCCUCUUGACGUUGGUUUAUUGGUGCUGGGUUUAAUACUGUAUUCCCAGUCAAUA